AUGGAGCAGCCACGCUCCCAUCUACUGCACGCACAGGCCUUCGGCUCUCCCGAGUCUGUGCCCUCCUUUCGAUCGAGUUAUGAAUUGAUGACAAGCAGUACUAGGAAUUCAAAGUCACAGUUCGAGGUUGAGACGGGACCGGUGCCUAAUUUUGUUGCAACCGGAGUCAUAAGCCUCGAUCAAGCGCGGUUGUUCUUCAAUGCCUUCUUCCAGGGCUGCGACAGAUAUGUACCUAUAUUCGAUCCUCCCCACGACACGUUUGAGUCAAUCAGCAAUCGGAGUUCGCUGCUCUUCAAUGCAAUUCUCACAGUGGGCUGUGGCGUGAUGAGCGAUGCCGACUCUCAUUUAUGCAACUUGCUUCAAUUCCGCCUAAAGAAACUGCUGAAUCUUGUCAUCAUCAUCCCGGAGUAUGCCUCAUUAGAAACGGUGCAGGCUCUUCUAGUCACCGCUUGCUACGUAUCCGAGCGGUCGCUCUUGCUAGCAUUUGCUACCAGGAUGGGGCUAGAUCUCAAUCUGCAGACUGCAUACACCGAGCUUAUGUCAGAGCUUGUGACUAGGGAGAGUCAAGUGCAGGAUGUGGGAGUUUUUGCCUACAAGGAACGUGAGGCAGAGCUGAUGAGGAAGUCAAGAGCAUGGUUUGAGCUUCUUAUACUCGAACAAAUUCUGCAUGUUGAUGCUGGUAAUCUCCGUGGAUUUCGCUUCAAAGGGGAUGCACGCCGAUGCAGAGUCUUGCUUGACAAGCCUUUCUCAACAAUCUUGGAUCUCAGACUUUUGUCGCAAGUGGAACUCAACUCUUUACGCGCUCGUGUUCAUGACUCGAUCUCGAACGGGAAGUUCUUUGCUGACGACGAGAUAUUGGACAUAGUACGUGAUGCCCAGGUGGACCUUUCUAUCUGGUAUCAAGAUUGGCAUCAAAUCAUGACCAGAUCUCAAACGGCAGAGACUCCAGUGCUUCUCCUCAACCUCGAGGUUCAACGACUAUGGUCCGUUGCAAUGGUUUUGUGCAAUUCAGUCCGUGCAAUGGGCAAUGAUAAUAUUGCAUCCAUGUCACCGGCACAACAGGAUGUCCUUCUCAUGGCCAAGGAUGCCUUGAAAAAGCAUUUACGUAUUACUUUGGACCAGCCACAGUACUAUCUCUCGAAUUUUCGAUUUGCCAUGGAUUUCGUGUGGGCAAAGUGUGCAUUCUGUUUCCUCUUGCUGCUGAAGUUGACUCGACUUCUGCCCGAAGAUGACGAUGCGGCGAAGAGGAAACUCCUGCAAGAUGGUUAUGUGCUCCUGGGCGAGUUGAAUAAAGUCGGAGGUGGAUCAACGAGUGGCGGCAGAACCAACACCAGCAAGAUGUACCUCCAGGUCCUUCAACUCAGCAUUCAGAAAUAUGGCCGUGCUCUCCAAAAUGACCAAAGCCAGGAGGAAAAUGGAGUUGAUAUCUUCCAGGGACCACACUCACCUGUCAACUUUUUCUGGACGUCAGGCAACAAUCUCGGCCAAAGAGAACUCGAAUCUUUCGUCCCGGAACAAUUUGUCUUCGAAUGGGAUUUUCCGUUGCUAACGCUUUUUUCGUCUCCCAACGUCAACGAUGACAUCUUUGGUGACCUUCUGACGGGUUCAUUCGGCGGUAGCGACCCUUUGUUCUGUGGCAUGAUCGGCUAA